AUGAAGAACUUGAUUGUUUUAAAUAGGGGUUACAUCAAACCUGAGUCCAGAACAUACCCGGAUCUACAUAUAAUUGACUCCGUUUACGAUACAGUUUCCGAUGCCAUCACAUUCGUCCUAUCGUCAGACGAAAGCCCUGUUAUUGAAGUGCAACAAUUUCACAAGAAUGGUAAUGUCACUGUAUUGGCAAGCUUUGAAGCAAACUCUAAGUUGCUCAGCACCGCACACUUUGUCGAUUCCUCACAAUUAGUAUUUGUCUUUGCCAACGGUGAUAUUGUUACAGCCACAUACGACUCGCAACAACCAGUGCAGGAUUACGAAAAUGUGGUUAUUGAGAUAGUCGGAACCAUUGAUGUUGGUAUACAAGCAGCACAGUGGUCAGUAGAUGAGGAAACUUUGGCAAUGAUCACAAAUGAAAACAAAUUAUUGUUAUUGUCUCGGAUUUUGGAACCGAUUACUGAAAAGUUACUUGACUCGGCAGAUAUUAAAAUUACAGAUCUGAAGCACGUUUCCGUUGGAUGGGGUAAAAAAGAGACCCAAUUCAAAGGUAAAGGGUUUAAGGCUUUGGAAAGGGAGAAAGAAAAAGAAAAAGGAAAAGAAAAAGGAAAGAACAUCAAUGGACACUCGCAUGAUCACGCACAUGGCCACGACUCAGUAACUGAACCGUUACGCGAUCCUACAGUCAACGAGGUAGAAAAAGGUUCAUUAUCGCGCAUGGACGAUGGAACCGUGCGAAUAAGUUGGAGAGGUGACUCCAACUACUUUGCUGUUAGCACCGUCGAGCCCGUGUUGGUUGAGGACUCGGGUGAGAUGUAUGACAGAAGAGUAAUCCGAGUUUUUGAUAGAGAAGGUGAAUUGGAUAGUGUUAAUGAAGCAGUCGAUGGAUUAGAACACAACCUAGGCUGGAAACCUCAGGGUGCAUUAAUUGCUUCAACUCAAAGACACAUUGACGAUGAAGAUGGGGAAGAGGUUCUUGAUUUGGUGUUUUAUGAAAGAAAUGGUCUUAGACAUGGUCAGUUCAAUACUAGACUCAAUCCAGAAGACGAGGUUGUUCAAAACGUUAUUUGGAGUUCGGAUAGCGAAAUUCUACUCUUACAAAUGAAUGAUCGAGUUCAACUUUGGACAUCAAAAAAUUACCAUUGGUAUUUGAAGCAAGAACUAUUUGCUGAAGGAAUAAUUUUCACCAAGUUUCAUCCCGAAAAGCCUUCGAACUUUAUGAUUGGUACUGCCAAUGGUCUUCAAAUUGUUGAUUUGACCCACAAAGUCGUCACCGGACCAACUAGAUCUGGAGAUGAUGUUGGUAUGACUUUGGUAGUGGAUGGUGCCACUGCAAAGAUGACUCCACUCUCAGUUGCAAAUGUCCCUCCACCAAUAAGCUACAGAGAGUUGGAUGUAUUGGGAAAUAUAACUGAUCUUGCUGUGAGUAAAUCAAAUGAAAAGUAUGCGAUUUUAACAAGUGAUAACGACUUAUAUUUUAGUCAGUUGAGCUUGGAAGAAAUGAAAGCAGGAGCUCAACCAAAGGUUGUUAGUCACCUCGAUGCAAAGAAGUACAUUAACGAAAGCAACGAAGUUGCUAAGCAGAUUGCAUUUAUUAGAGAUGACUUUAUCGCCGUUGUCAUUGACGCACCAAUGUAUUCACGAAUCGUCCUAUUUGAAGUUGACGACAUCUCCAAUCCAAAGAUGAAUGAAUCUGUUGACAUUACACCUAAAGUUGUGUUGCUAAAAUCGCGUGCAGACUUUGCUACCGUCAUCAUCGAAACAGUUGACAACAAGAUUAUUGAAUUAAGCUCGACCCAAGAUUCAAGAGAAAUUACUAGAUUUCCUCAAUUGUGUCGAGAAAUUGAAGUAUCAUACAAUGAGGCAACCGACGAGUUUGAAGCAUUUGGAAUUUCUCGAACUGGUAAAUUAUUCCGCAAUGAAGUACCUGUGGUUAGUGGUGUUACUUCAAUGUUAAUCACAGAAUCGCAUUUGCUUUUCACCACCGUGCUUUCAAAAUUAUGCUUUGUCCACUUGAAUUCUAGACAUGAAAAUUUCGAAGUUUUCCAAAACUUGUCAAAUGAAAAUAUUCAUGACGAAAGAGUUAGACAAAUUGAAAGAGGCUCAUUUUUGGUGAAUACCAUGCCAAGCAAGUACUCUGUUGUUUUAGAGGCCCCUAGAGGUAAUAUCGAAACCAUCUGUCCAAGAAUUAUGGUGCUCACAGCGAUUAGAAAGUUCAUUUCCCAAAAGGAUUAUAAACUGGCAUUUAUUGCUUGCCGUACCCACAGAAUUGAUUUGGAUAUUCUACAUGAUUACGAUACCGUGCUGUUCUUUAACAACAUUGAACUUUUUGUAAAUCAAAUUGGCAAGAUUGAAUAUUUGGACCUUUUUGUAUCUUGUCUUCACGAAGAAGAUGUUACAGCUUCGAAAUACAAGGAGACUUUGACCGAUGCAGGAAUAAACGAAUCAGAACUCAAAAAAGAAGGUGAAACUUUGCAACCAGCAUUCAAAAAAAAGUUCAAUGUAUCUGAUAAGAACCAAAAGAAGUUUGAAAAAUUUGAGGAUUCAAAAGUCAACAGAAUAUGUCAAGCCAUCCUUGCCGUGCUUUUAAAACCAGAGUAUUUUGAGAAAUACAUGCAAACUAUCUUGACUGCAUACGCAUGCGAAAAGCCACCAAAUUUGGUUGCCGCAUUGGAAUUGAGCGAGUCAUUUACUGACGAGAAACAAAAGGAGACUGCAAUCACCCACCUUUGCUUCUUGCAAGAUGUCAACAAAUUGUACCAAACUUGUCUUGGAUUGUAUAACGUCAAACCCACUUUAUUGAUUGCUCAACAAUCGCAAAUGGAUCCUAAAGAGUAUCUUCCAUUCUUGCAGAAUCUUCAUGUGCAAACUGACCUUGAGCGUAAAUUUUUGAUUGAUGAUUAUUUGAAAAACCACGAUAAAGCGUUGCAAUGGUUGCACGAAAUGGGAGAUGAGGCAUAUGAAAGAUUUGAUAAUUAUGUUGUGAAGCACGAAUUGUAUAAACUUGCAAUGAAGAUAUAUACUUACGACAAGAAAAGAACUAAUGACGUCAUGAGUUUAUUUGCAAAUUACUUACAUGAUCAAACAAACUUUGGCGAGUCAGCAUUGACCUAUGAGUAUCUUGAGGAUCUCGAUCUGGCGUUGGAGAACUAUAUUUUGGCCAAGAAGUGGAGACAAGCUUUAUCAAUUGCCGAAAAGCCAAACUUUAAAACCAAGUUGAUUGAAACUGCAAACUCCUUAGUAGCGACAUUGACUGCAGAUCAUAAAUACAGCGAUGCCGCAGAAAUUGAGUACUAUUGUUUACAAAAUGUUAGAGAGGCAGUUAGACUUUAUUGUAAACAAUAUUGGUUUGAUCAGGCCAUCUUACUUGCAGAGCGUACCCAAAAUGCAGAUCUUAUUGAAAGUGUCGUUGAUGUGCAAAUUAACGAGGGAUUUGGUGUGAUUGCCGAGUUACUAGCUGACUGUAAGGGUCAAAUGAACUCUCAAUUGAGAAGACUUCGAGAAUUGAGAACUAAAAAGCAAGAUGAUCCAUAUGCAUUCUAUGGUAAUCCUGAUGAUCUUGAUACACCUGAUAACGUAUCAGUUGCUGCUUCUGAAACAUCAACUGCUCCUUCUUUUUUCACUAGGUAUACGGGUAAAACAGCCGGUACUGCCAAGACAGGUGCAUCCAGACGUACCGCAAAGAAUAGAAAGAGAGAAGAAAGAAAGAAAGCACAAGGUAGAAAAGGGACAAUUUAUGAAGAGGAGUACCUUAUUAGAUCCGUGGGCAGAUUAAUCGAGAGACUUGACUCUACCGAGCAAGAUGCAAUAAGACUCAUUGAAGUGCUCAUCAGAAGGCAAAUGAAGGAACAAGCAUAUCAAAUACAAAAAAGUUGGUGUGAGUUGAUUGCACUCAUUAAAGAGAAUAUAGAUGAGGUACACAAUAUGAGUGAAAGAGACAGAGAGAGAAUAGACGAUAAUGGAGAGAUUUAUUUGAUAGACGAGAUUCCAAAACCAAAUAUUCGCGAGUUCCCAAAGUUUAGCAUCUUAGAUUAUUGA